CACCGUCUGAGCUCGGCUGCCUGCGGCGGGCCACGCCCCCGGGGUCCGGAAGGCGCGGGAGUCAACGGCCGGGUGCUGAGAACUUGAAGCCUGACGGUGCUCGGCUCCUGCCCGGGAUGCAGUGGCUGCAGCUUCCUGGUUCGCUGCUCGCCGAGUGGGGGAGAGCUUGAGCCCGCGGAGGCGGGGGCAGGAGAAGCCGGCGGAGGCGGGGGCAGAGACGCCAGGGCUGGAGCUAGCCGGACGGGUCGCUCCUGAUCUCCGCGGAGACGCUCUGCCCGGCCACGGAGAAGGGGCGAGUCACUCGCGAGCCCCGGGAAGCGCCGCGCGCUCCGGAGGGACGGUCGGAGCCCGGCUUUGGAGCCCGGCUCCCCUCCUUUCCAGGAGGAAAGGGCGGGAGGGAAGGAGGGGAGGGAAGGUCCCCGGAGGAGGCAGGAUGGCCGGUCGAGGGGGGCUCGGGCGCCGCGUCUCCCCGGAGCUGCCUCCACUCCUACGGCUGCCGAGAAGUCUGCCCUGAGCCGGGGCUCCCGGAUCUCGCGUGCCAGCCAGCGGGACCCCCGGACCCGGGCAUCAGCGCCGGCAUGUCGUCCGGAACCAUGAAGUUCAAUGGCUACCUGAGGGUCCGCAUUGGCGAGGCGGUGGGGCUGCAGCCCACGCGCUGGUCCCUGCGCCACUCGCUCUUUAAGAAGGGUUAUCAGCUGCUGGACCCCUACCUGACGGUCAGCGUGGACCAGGUGCGCGUGGGCCAGACGAGUACCAAGCAGAAGACCAACAAACCCACGUACAAUGAGGAGUUCUGCGCUAACGUCACCGACGGCGGCCACCUGGAGCUGGCGGUCUUCCACGAGACGCCCCUGGGCUACGACCACUUUGUGGCCAACUGCACGCUGCAGUUCCAAGAGCUGUUGCGCACCGCGGGCGCCUCCGACACCUUCGAGGGCUGGGUGGAUCUGGAGCCUGAGGGGAAGGUGUUUGUGGUAAUAACCCUAACCGGGAGUUUUACUGAAGCCACCCUCCAGAGAGACCGCAUCUUCAAGCAUUUUACCAGGAAGCGCCAAAGAGCUAUGCGAAGGCGAGUCCACCAGGUCAAUGGGCACAAGUUUAUGGCCACAUACCUGAGGCAGCCCACCUACUGCUCUCACUGCCGGGAGUUCAUCUGGGGAGUGUUUGGGAAACAGGGUUAUCAAUGCCAAGUGUGCACCUGCGUCGUCCAUAAACGCUGCCAUCAUCUAAUUGUUACAGCCUGCACUUGCCAAAACAAUAUUAACAAAGUGGAUGCCAAGACUACGGAACAGAGGUUUGGAAUCAACAUCCCACACAAGUUCAACAUUCACAACUAUAAGGUGCCCACAUUCUGUGAUCACUGCGGCUCCCUGCUCUGGGGGAUAAUGCGACAAGGACUUCAGUGUAAAAUAUGUAAAAUGAAUGUACAUAUUCGAUGUCAAGCGAAUGUGGCCCCUAACUGUGGGGUGAAUGCAGUGGAGCUGGCCAAGACCCUGGCAGGGAUGGGUCUCCAACCCGGGAAUAUUUCUCCAACCUCGAAACUCAUUUCCAGGUCGACACUAAGAAGGCAGGGAAAGGAGAGCUCCAAGGAAGGAAAUGGGAUCGGUAUUAAUUCUUCCAACCGAUUUGGCAUCGACAACUUUGAGUUCAUCCGAGUACUGGGGAAGGGAAGUUUUGGAAAGGUGAUGCUUGCCAGGAUAAAAGAAACAGGAGACCUCUAUGCUGUGAAAGUGCUGAAGAAGGAUGUGAUCCUGCAGGAUGAUGACGUGGAAUGUACGAUGACGGAGAAGAGGAUCCUGUCCCUGGCCCGCAAUCACCCCUUCCUCACCCAGCUCUUUUGCUGCUUUCAGACCCCGGAUCGCCUGUUUUUUGUGAUGGAGUUUGUGAAUGGAGGAGACUUGAUGUUCCACAUUCAGAAAUCCCGUCGUUUUGAGGAAACCCGAGCUCGUUUCUAUGCCGCAGAGAUCAUUUCUGCACUCAUGUUCCUGCAUGAGAAAGGCGUCAUCUACCGAGAUCUAAAACUGGACAAUGUGCUGUUGGACCACGAAGGUCACUGUAAGCUGGCAGACUUCGGGAUGUGCAAGGAGGGGAUUUGUAAUGGAGUCACCACAGCUACCUUCUGUGGCACACCUGACUAUAUUGCUCCAGAGAUCCUUCAGGAGAUGCUGUACGGGCCUGCUGUAGACUGGUGGGCCAUGGGUGUGCUGCUCUAUGAGAUGCUCUGUGGACAUGCGCCCUUUGAGGCUGAGAACGAAGAUGACCUCUUUGAGGCCAUACUGAAUGAUGAAGUAGUCUACCCUACCUGGCUCCAUGAAGAUGCCACAGGAAUCCUCAAAUCUUUCAUGACCAAGAAUCCCACCAUGCGCUUGGGAAGCCUGACUCAGGGAGGUGAGCACGCGAUCUUGAGACAUCCUUUCUUUAAGGAAAUUGACUGGGCCCAGCUGAACCAUCGCCAAGUAGAACCACCUUUCAGGCCCAGAAUCAAAUCCCGAGAAGAUGUCAGCAACUUUGACCCAGACUUCAUAAAAGAAGAGCCAGUUUUAACUCCAAUCGAUGAGGGACAUCUUCCUAUGAUUAACCAGGAUGAAUUUAGAAACUUUUCCUAUGUGUCUCCAGAAUUGCAACCAUAGCCUUAUGGGGAAUGAGAAUCAAAAGGGAAUUUGGAUUUUCCAGGAAUUUCUUUUGUGGGAACUCCCCAGCAUCCGCCUUAGAACACCAACUUCACCUUCAAGGAGCAAAUGUUCACAACUCUUCUGAGGGUAGAACUUCAAGAGAGCAAUUCUCUCAAGUCCUGAGGGGGCCAUGGUACAUUUCAGUAGUUGAUACUGAAAUGAGAUUUUUAUGAAGAUGGACACUGUUCAACCUAUGAGUUUCCAUGGCUACUUCAGGCUUAGAAUAAAUAACAGAAGCCAAAAGAAGAGAUGGUGGGAAACUAUAGUAAGUAGGUCUUAGAAAUUCUGAGUCCAGCAAGCUUUUUUUACUCGAGACAAAUCUAGACUUUCUGUGGACCACUCUCCACUCUUCUUUGAGCCAACGAACCCCUUAUAUUACAGUCUACAAGAAGACUCUAAACACAAAUGAAGAAUGUCAAGGUCUUUCUGAGGAAAUGAAAGCAUUCCAAAUAGAAUGAUUUGCUCUGAAGCUGGGCAUCCCGCAAGCUCCCAACUUAAAAGGCAGUGUUGAGAACAGCAGCCACCAAGACAGCUGCCAGUGUCUUGAGUGUCUUGUCUAACUCUUUCAUUAAUUAGAUAUUUAUUGAGUGUCCAGUGAAAAGGUGCCCUGAUCUGCAGUAGUAUAAACAGUAGAGUCACCUUCAUGACGCUUUUGUGUUCUGGGUUCCACCGAUCUACCUGAAUGGUGUUUGCAUUCUGUGACAUGCCUCUCCGGGUUGCAAAGGUCAUCCCUUGUCUGCACACACUCUCUUGUUCACUGAAGGGCCACCGCCACAGCAGCAUAGUCUACAGGCAAGCUUCCAUUGCAUGCCUCCAUGCUGACUGGUGCCCCAGACUGACUCAUUUGUGAAGAAUUUCAUGCCAUUCAUAGUCAUGAACACGUGUGGCUGAUCCAUUUGUUAUUUAAAUUAUGUUUUCAGUGACAAAGAAGGUUGUUUGAUAUACACUUUAAUUAUCAGAAAUGGAUCAUAUAAACAAGGCCUAUAGCAAAGAUGGAUCUUACCAUGUGUAACCAUGUAUGCGGUUGGAAAAUUUUAUCUGCUGGAAAUAAACGCAUUUUGUAGCAAAAGGAAAUUUUCUGUAAGGAAUGAUUUGUUCUCU